GCCCCCCUCCGCCAAGAAUCCGGGCAACUUUCUAUGGAAAUGAAAACAAGCGCAGAUCCAGAAUCCGCUGCGCUCCUCUAACGGUUUGGGACCAGAGGGUGAGCGGAACGAAUGUGACCGAGACUUAAUUGCUUGGCCGUUUUCACGUUAUUGAACGCCGUGAGCUUCCAGCGAGGCUGAACUUGACCAUAUCUACAGCUCUGGCUGCCAUGACACAGAAGUGAAGACAUGACACCGUGAUUACUGUAAGCAGUCUGCUGAGUGAUAACCAUGAAUUGGAAAUCAGAUAGUUCUAAGAUCAUGCAGUAUCUGUUAAUUUUUGCAAGUCUGAUUACAAUGGUGAUCCUCUUCAACAUGACACUGAAGUCAAAUCUUCCUUACAGCAUGGAAGAAAAGGACUGCAAAAUUGGGUAUUCUGCAAUGUACAGUCAACAUGUUAUAUUAAAUUUCACAAGAAACACAGAGUUAUUCUUAAGUUUAAAUGAUGUUUGGUGGAAGGAGAAAAGCAAUCCCAUCCAUGAAUUACCGUAUGGAAUUAAAGGCACUGAACAAUCAAUUAACAGGAUAUUGGCCAAAAUACAUUAUGACAUGCCUGAAAAUAUAAAGAGGUUGGCUUGUAAAAGAUGCGCUAUCAUUGGUAAUGGAUACACUCUGAGGAACAGCUCCCUCGGAGAAACAAUCAACAAAUACGAUGUUGUCAUUCGAAUAAAUGAUGCUCCCGUCCGAGGCUACGAGAAGGACGUUGGCAACAAAACCACGCUGCGUUUCUUUUACCCUGAAUCAGCAGGUUUCACGUCCGAGAUUGAAAACAAUCCCAACACACUUCUUGUGUUUUUACCCUUCAAGCAAGUGGACACUCGUUGGCUCAGUGCAAUCCUGUAUAACGAGAAAAGAACAAGCAAAGGAUUCUGGAAGCCUCCACCCUUAGUAUGGGAAGCAAAUCCUUCUAAUAUCCGAAUCCUCAACCCAUAUUACAUACACCAAGCUGCAACCAAAUUAUUGAAAAUCCCAUUGAAGGUACCUCCCAGGUCCAACCAGAAACCAGUGCACCCCACCAGUGGCUUUCUAGCUAUUACAGUGGCCUUGAACUAUUGUGAUGAAGUACAUGUUGCUGGCUUUGGAUAUCCAAUAGCUCAACAAGAUACUCCCAUACACUACUAUGACAAAACUACAAUGAAAGCGAUGACUAACUCUGAACAUAAUAUCACCCAUGAGCAGCUGUUUCUGAAGAAACUGGUGGAUGUGGGAGCAAUAAAAUACCUCACUGUUUUGCUGUAGAUUACUGUUUUGGACAGUGACGGGUUUGAUUUUUAUUCAUUUUAAAAUGAUUGAGGUUUCUCCUCAGUUGCUAAUGUGGUAUGUUGCCAGAGUCUGCUUGAUUUCCCUUCUGAUGUAUGCUGGACAGAAUAUGAGGUGAAUGCUGCCCUCUGCACUGCUAAAAUUACUGCAAUAAAAGCAGGAGGUUCUACCUUGUCCAAUAUGACACUGAAUAUGAAUGGGAGGAAUGGGGCAGCAUUUAAGUAUUGAUUUGAAAGAAGGAUGUUCCAUUAUUUUCGUCAUGCAAGAAUGCAUUUCACUACAGGAUGAUUGGCUUACAUUGGUUGUAAUUGGGAAAGUGGUGCACAAUGUAACUGAAGUAAUACAGGUGUCCACUGUGAUUCCUUUUGCCAUGUGCAUUCAGCUGUGGCUAUCUUAAUAACCUUGUAGCCUCCCUUUCUUAUAGAAACAUUGAAAAUCUACAGCACAAUACAGACCCUUCGGCCCACAAAGUUGUGCUAAAUGUGUUCGUACCUUAGAAAUUACAUUGAUUCACCAGAG